GCGAGCGCGCAACGGUGGCCCAGAUUUAUAGAGGACUGUGUUUUAGUGGGAACCGCUUCUUUUCCCUCGGCGGUGUCAACAACUAUCGGGACCGCACACAACCACACAACAUAGAUCCGUUUCCCUUCCCUUCCCAUCCCAACCUCCUCUCUCUCUCUCUCUCUCUCUCCAGCGGUGUCAACUGCUAAUUUCACCGGGUGACAUUCAAUGCAACACCGUCGAGAGUGUUUGUAUGGAUGGAAGUCGUAUUUGCACUGUCAUUUUGGGGUGAGGCGUAUUGUAUGUUAAAGAUUUUAUAUUUGUUAAAUAUGAUCAGAUAGCAGAGUGGAAAGAGUUGUUGGUCAGUUAUUAUCCUGUUUAGUUAUUUGAAUAGCAUUACUACCCUUUCUCUUGGGAUUGGGUCCUUGGAAAAAUACAACCAAUUUCUUCACAGAGUAUCAAACAGACAGAGUUACUGAUAUUUAUCUGUGCAUAUUAUUAUCAACGUAAUAUGGCCGAUACUGCACAACUGGAUAUUACUUCAGAAUGUGAUAGCAGUUAUGCAACAAAAUGCCAAGAAGAAGGUACGUCAGGACAGAUGCAUGAAAUUGGUUCUGAAAGUCAAUGUAGUGAACCAACCAAACAAAACAUUGGGUGCGCCAUUGUCCAGAAUGAGCUACGGGAAAUCUGCAAUGCUGGUGAACAAUCACAGUCAUUAUCUGAAAAUGUGACUGAGAAUUCUCAUCUUGAACAAUUGGGAUUGCCUUCUGAAAACGUGAGCAAGAGUAGUCAAAGUGGAGCUGAAAAUGUUUUUGCAAAACAGGGAUAUCAAUCCAUUUCUGGAUAUAAACAAGAUGAAUCGUUACAAACCACAGCUGCAGUGUUUCCCUGUACCAUGAAGGACCAACUGCAAUCAUUUUCUGGAAACAUGAGCAAGAAUUCUCUUAUUGAUCAAAUGGAAAUGCCUUGUGAAGAUCUGGGUGUGAAUGGUCCAACCCAUAAAACUUCAUUCUCUGGACAAAUGCCAUUGGAACAGAAAAAUGAUUGUGGUUUUGGAACUUCAUCUAGUGAACUAGCUGAAGAAAAGCAUCCUUCUGCCUCAGAUCAUGUACAAAAUGAACAGUUACAAGCAAUUAUUCAAGUACCCAUCUGUGGUAGCAAUCAACACUUGCAGUCAUCUAGUGAAAAUGUGAACAGGACUUCUCUUAACGAACAAGCAGGACUGCCAUCUGAAGAUCUGUCAAAGACUUGUCAGACUGACAAAGUUUCAUGCUCUAACCAGACUACAUUACAGGAGAUCAAUGAAUUUGGGUGUGGAAGUGUACACGGUGAACCAGAAACACAAAAAGAUCAGCUUGACUCUGUACCUGCUCAUAAUAAUGAAGUUACAACUACUGAAGCAGCACCCAGCUCUAUUGUUUUUGAACAAUCAAGGCCUUGUAUUGAAGCUAUGACCCAGGAUUCUCCUACUGGACAUUUGGAACUACCCCUUAAAGAUGCAAGCAAGAGUCCUCCUAUUGAUAAAGAAAUGGAACAACUUCCAGCAGAUGUGACCCAAAAUUCUAGUCUUGAAAAGACGGAAAAGCCAUCUAAGAAUGCACCGAAGGAUAAGCAGAAUCCAAAAUCAAGAAAGAAGAAAUGUGUCAAAAUCUUCCGUGGCAGUGACAGAGUUCUGCGCUCAAAGACAGGGGAGAAGACUAAAAAUCCUAAAUUAAGUAAUGAUGUUUCAACUCUUGAAUCAAGUAAUAGUGUUGCAAAUCCAAGUAAUGUUGAAGGCAAAAGAAGGAAGAAGAGAAAGAAGAGACAACUGAAUAAAGUCAUAGAUGAUGAAUUUUCAAGAGUCAGGAAACAUCUGAGAUAUUUGCUGAACCGGAUAAGCUAUGAGAAAUCUCUGAUUGAUGCUUACUCCGGCGAAGGAUGGAAAGGAUCCAGCCUAGAAAAACUGAAGCCAGAGAAGGAGCUUCAAAGAGCGACUUCUGAAAUACUUCAACGCAAGUUGAAGAUAAGAGAUCUAUUUCAACGUCUCGAUUCGCUAUGUUCUGAAGGAAUGUUUCCAGAAUCUUUAUUUGAUUCCGAAGGACAGAUUGACAGUGAGGAUAUAUUCUGUGCAAAAUGUGGAUCCAAGGACGUUUCUCUUCAGAAUGAUAUUAUACUCUGUGAUGGCGCUUGUGACCGUGGGUUCCACCAAUUCUGUUUAGAACCACCACUAUUAAGUGAAGACAUUCCACCCGACGACGAGGGUUGGCUAUGCCCUGGAUGUGACUGCAAAGUUGAUUGCUUUGAUUUGCUUAAUGACUCUCAAGGAACAGAUCUUUCUGUUGCCGACAGCUGGGAGAAGGUAUUUCCUGAAGCGGCUGCUGCAGCAUCAGGACAUAAUCAGGAGCACACCCAUGGACUUCCAUCAGAUGAUUCUGAUGAUAAUGAUUAUGACCCUGAUGGUCCAGAAACAGAUGAUGAAGUUCAGGGAGAAGAAUCAAGUUCUGAUGAUGAAUCUAAAUAUGCAUCUGCAUCUGAUGGACUAGAGACUCCAAAAAAUAAUGACGAGCAGUACUUAGGACUUCCUUCUGACGAUUCAGAGGAUGAUGACUAUAAUCCUGAUGCUCCAGAAGUCACUGAGGAACUUAAGAAGGAAAGUUCAAGUUCUGAUUUUACAUCUGACUCUGAGGAUCUUGGAGCUUCUCUUGACGACAAUAAUAUGUUUUCCGAAGAUGUUGAAAGUCCCAAGUCAAUGUCAUUGGACGAAAGUGGGCCUCUUAGAGGCUCCGGCAAACAAAGUUCUAGACGUGGGCAAAAGAAACAACCUUUAAAAGAUGAGUUAUUAUCUUUAUUAGAGUCGGGUCCUGGCCAAGCUGGUGCAGCUCCUGUUUCUGGGAAAAGGCACAUAGAAAGGUUGAACUACAAAAAGCUGCAUGAUGAGACAUAUGGAAAUGUUCGUACUGAUUCAAGUGAUGAUGAAGAGUGGAAUGAUACUGCUGGACCGAGGAAAAGGAAGAAAGUUACUACACAAGCUCCUACGAUGUCACCAAAUGGAGACUCAUCAAACGUUAAGAAUGGAAUGAUCACCAACAAUAUAAAACAUGAUCUAGAUGAGAAUGAGAAUACUCCUAAAAGAACUCAUCGAAAGUCAAAGGUUGAAGAUACAAGUAAUUUGUCGAACAAAUCACAAAAAGGCUCUACUCAGUCCGCUUCUACUAGUGAGCAAGGUGGAUCAUCAAGAUCAACAUAUAGAAAACUAGGGGAAGCUGCAACUCAGCGACUAUCCAAAUCGUUCAAGGAAAACCACUAUCCAGACCGAUCUAUGAAGGAAAGUCUGGCCCGAGAACUAGGAAUAAUGGCUAAGCAGGUAAGCAAAUGGUUUGAAAACGCUCGCCACUUUUGGAAAGUGAGUGUGGAUAAGAGUGCUGCAGGAAAUGGCACUCCCUUGCCUCAAACAAAUGGAAAGCAACUUGAAAAAGGUGAUACACCUAUUGGAGAUUCUGAUCAGAGUGGAGCUCAAAACAAGGAAUUACCCAGGACAAAUGAUCCUAUGACAGGUUCCUGCAGCGGGGAUGCAAAAGAUGGUGAAUUGGUGACUCCGAAAAGCAGUAAACGAAAGGCUAUAACUCCAAACAAUAGAAAGAGAAGGCGUAAAUCAGAUGAUCCUGAUCCAGAAAACAAGACACCAGAAACUAAUAGAAAAGGUACCGGAGUUAUGACUAGACAAAGGAAAUCAAUUGCUUGAUUCAAAUUUUGCUCCUCAAAGGAGAAUAAUUUUAACCAUGUACCCCUUGCAAGAGAGAUCUCUUGUGGGGCGAGAAAAUCUGGCAAAAUCCUGAAGGAUUAAUCCAAGAAGUGCGCCAAUGUUUCGUGUAUCUUGGUGAUGAGCUUGGGUUGUUUCCUGUUUCAGGUGAGUCGGAAGAAAUUGCACCCCUCACAGAUGCUCUAUAGUAUACUUCUGUACAAAGAGUUCGUCAAUUUUAAUUACUGAAUGUUGUUCUUGCUAUCAAA